CUAAUACCACGAUAAUGUAUGAUAUGUCUUGAAAACACAGUCCAUAAUCAUCGUGUUUACACGAUUAAACAACCAUCUCGUAAAUCACAACUCGAUGGUCUGCGACAGUUGACCAAUUUGCGCAUGUGCGGAAUGAAAGUCGUUCGUGUCGCAUUCAUUGCGAUGAAAAUGUCACCAGGCGCCGUACCCCGAAAUAUUGUGUUGUGUCUGGGAGUUUUGUCGUGUAUUCUUAGUCAAGUUCAGACGCAAGAAAUUCGUCUGGUUGGUGGCUCAACACAAUAUGAAGGACGAGUGGAGGUCAGAUUUAACAACCAAUGGGGAACAGUUUGUAUUGACGACUUUGAGAAUAUAGAAGCAGUGGUCAUUUGUCGACAACUCCAAUUCAGUGGUGGAGUAGCUGUGACAGAUGGACGAUUUGGACCUGGGACAGGUCAGAUAUGGUUGGAUAAUCUGGCAUGUGAUGGCACAGAGGAAACUCUCAGUCAGUGCCAGGCCAAUAACCUAGGGGUUCAUAAUUGUGACCAUACCAAUGAUGCUGGCGUGAGAUGUGAUAACCCGUCGGCAGUGACACCAGCUCCAACAACCACUAGAGCUCCACCUACAGCUCAGCCAUCCAACUGUUCCACAAACAGCAACUCCAACAUCAGGAUAAUUGGUCCGAGUGACAAAACAGGUGUUGGCUUUGUGGAGGUCAAAUACAACAAUACAUGGGGGUCAGUUUGUGAUGACCACUGGGAUAUAUUGGACGCAAGAGUUGUGUGUGGCGCUCUGUGCUUCAAUCAGUCGUUGGCAUUAGCUGGAGCCUCCCAGGCAAUAGACUAUGUGAAGAGCAAUGUUAGUUCAAACUUUUUCUUGGAUGAUGUGGCCUGUGAUGGGACAGAGACAGAUCUUUUCUCGUGUGGUCACAGUGGAGUUGGUGUACACAACUGUUUGAGUGGAGAGUAUGCCAGUGUCACCUGCGUGCCUAUUAACCACACAGGGGCAGAAGCGCCUCAGCCGUUGCUAAGCUGUAUUGAUGAGAAGUUUACAGCCAGUUUCAGUCGAGACUAUGACCCGUACCUGGAGCACCGACACCUGACCAUCUAUACACCUAGUGACCCCUGUAAUGUCCAAUACCAGAACAACUCGGCAUACAUCAUCAUGAAGAUACCGUUCACUGACUGUGGCUCCAUCCUCACGACAAACCAGACCCACAUAUUCUACACCAACACCAUCCAUUAUAAUUUCACUACAAGACUUGGCUCUAUCACCAGGAAAAACAGCUACCUUGUUGAAGUCCAAUGUGCAUUUCCUCGAAACCAGUCAAACGACAAUGGUGGCUACUCCCCUGUUACACAACUUGUAACCCAGAGUGCACCUGGCAAGUUUUCUGUAGGUAUGACCAUAUAUGGUGAUGACAACUUUAACGAACCACUAACGGUUAACCCUGAGUUGACCCUUAAUCAGCCCUUGAGCGUCUCGUUGGCCCUGAAUGCAAGUCUACCACGCCUCAAACUUGUGAUGAAGACCUGCUUUGCAACUCCAUCAGGUUCCUGGACAGACCAAGUCAACCACUUCCUGUUCGAAAACAGUUGUCCUAACGACACAACGGUUGCACUUGUUCCUUGGAAUGACACAGUAGCUGGAUUCCGAUUCCGUGUAUUUCGGUUUAUUGGGUUUGGGAAUGUUUACCUCCACUGUACCAGUACAGUGUGUGAGGUUGAUGAGAAGAAUGAGAUCUGUGAUCGAAGUUGUGGAGGAACAACACCAACACCUGCUACUGGCCGGCGGCGACGAUCAGCCCGUCAAAGUCAGCGUAGGAAAAGAAGCAAUGAGGAUCAUACCAUGUUUUAUGUCACCAGUAGCAAGAUGACUGUGAAAAAUGUCAAGGAGGAAUCGGUCAUUGAGAGGUUUACCCAAGAAGUAUCUUCCACUACUAGGACAGUUUACACCACACCCACACCGACCAGAGGGUCUCCAGUCUCAACCUCUGUCCCCACCACCAAGCAGUCUAGUAGCUCAGUAAAGGUGCAGAUCACCUCUGACAUUCCAACAACUGCUGAAGGUCAGGUUAAGGUCACACCCACAACAGAUGGAUCUCCAUUAACAAAGGGACCAGCCACAACGAAUCCAGACCUUGGAGGCCAGGGAGGUCAGGAACCUUUGGAAAAAUUAGACGAGGCCUCACUCACUGAUGGAGUACUGUCUGAGGAGCUACAAGACUUGUCACCGUCAUCUGCUUCUCACAUGAUGGUAUCCUUGGUCCUGGUGGUAUCUACAGUAGCAUUGAUGACCAGAAAUUGGAUUGUGUGAAUAGGUCUGAUUAGAAAGAAAAAUUGAGAUUUACAUGCUAAUACAGUACCAGAAUGUGUGUCAUGUUAUUCCGUCCAAUAAUAAAUAAUGACAACAGAUCUUUAGAUCCUUAAUUAUGCAGAGCUAACAAUAGUUCAAAUCAUUAAUAUAUAGAACUCACCUGGUCAUUUUUCAGUAUGUUAUUUAAAAUGUAUGUGCUAUUUUCGUACAAACAUUAUUGUAUAUACACUAUGCACAGAAUGUUAAUUUUUUUAGCCCACUGUCAUCAUAUCACCUUUAGGCCCUGGUUCAACCUUUGUCCAUUCUUAAACAAUUCUUAAGCUAUUUUUUCCACGGAUCUUUAAUUCCUAGUUAAUUUGUGGGUUCCUCUUUGUCACAUUUGUGCUAUCAAUAAUUUUGUGGCUGAUCAGAAGAAGAAAUUUAUAGUCCUAUUUUUAAUGUUGAUUAAGUAAGAGGAGAAAAAGAU